GCGUCCACACUGGCAAAAGAAAAAGGAGCAAAGUAGAGCGCCACGUCCACGUCACGCAGAGUGUGAGUGUGCUGUACGUGAGAUAGGCGGAGAACUUAAGAUUAUUUCUGAGUGAAAUUUUUUAUAUUAUAUUUUAAAAAAAACAAAGCUCCAGGUUACUGUAAGAGAGGCAGACAGAAGCGGCCAGAAGUGCAGGUUCAGAGGGAAAACAGCUGCUACUAAAAUGACGUAACGGUCAUUGGCUUGAUCACGAACAGUGAUGAGUAUGAUGACUGCAUGGUGCUCCAACGAUAAUCUCAUCCUUAACACCAAGAAGACAAACGAGAUCGUGGUGGAUUUUAGGAAGACAAGGAAAAUUGAUCUGAGUCCGGUGUUCAUAAGUGGAGUAGCUGUGGAGAGUCACCUGUUUUAAAUUCAUGGGGUUGAACAUUACAGAGGAUUUUUCUUGGACUACACACACCUCCACUGUCAUGGGAAGGGCACAACAACGUCUUUUUAUUUUCUGAGAAGAUUAAAGAAAAGCCACAAUGAGCAAAAUAGAUGAGCCACAGCAUGAUGAGCCUGCAUACUUAAAGGAUGAACCUCCAGCAGAUACAAAUAAAGACCACCCUCAGGUUCAGCCGGGCAUGUUUUCCAGAGUGACAGGAGGUCUGUUCAGUGUCACCAAAGGGGCUGUUGGAGCCACUGUUGGUGGGGUAGCCUGGCUUGGAGGGAAGAGCUUGGACCUCACUAAGACCGCAGUCACAUCUGUUGCUGCUGUUCCUGGCAUGGGAGUAGGAUUGGUGAAAGGGGGCGUAUCCGCAGUGGCCGGCGGAGUAACUGCAGUUGGCUCAGCAGUUGCUAAUAAAGUUCCCAUUGGAGGGGCCAAGAAGAAGGACAAGUCUGAUUGAAGUGUCUGAAUUGUUGAGGGAGAUGCUGUCAUCAGUGACUCUGUUUAUAUGACUCCUCAGUGGAUUGAUGGCUGGUUUGAUAUUCUGCAAAAUUAUUUGUUGGAAUCAGAUCUAUACGCUAGAUCUGUUCUAUGAUUGAGCGACUUCAGUGUACUAGGAGCUUCUAUCUGCUUCUCACGAGGAUGUUUCUGUGUCCUAAGUUUUGUCCUGUGUCCUGUGUUUUGGAACAUGACAAGAUGUGAAUGUUUUGAUCCUAGUAAUGGCAAAAUAUUUUAAUUUUGAAGUAUAAGUUGUUGAAACUUUGGAGACUUGGGUGUUUAGUGAGGGACCACUGUAACAUUGUCAUGUUUCGCUAAGCCACAUUGCACCGGGUUUGUGUCUUUGACCAUAAACUGGGGAACACACAUAUCUUUUGUACCAGAGCCUUAGGGGAAAUUAGUACCAUGAGCCAUAAGUUGAAUUAAGACUGGCAUCACUUGGGUAUCCCUCAAUAUACUGCAGGAGAAAAUGUGAUACUGUGGUGGGUUGAUGGAAAUGCUUCAUCUCUCUGAUUGAUUCUGUUUGUGAGAUACAGUCUCUGGGGUCCAGGCUGAACCUCUCAUACAGCUUUGCUCAUCAGUCCCUUUUUUCCACCAGCAAUACAGAGAAAUCCUGAACCUCCAGCCACAAACUAAUGUGUUUACUGUGCACCAAAAAAAAAAACAGCUAAGGAGUUAUUCCUGUGAGAAUCUGAAUACUGGUAGCAAAUGUUCCUUAGCAAAACAGUUUGUAAGAUUAUUCCGUGAAAUAGCUGUUUAGGUUAGAUUAUAUCUGUUAAAUAAUGGGCCAUUUUUUUGCUCUAGCCUUGCAAUGAAGAUUGUCUAUACAGGUUAGUGUGUUCGACUAUACUUGUUUUAUUUAUCCUAAAUAUUUUUCUCUCUCAGUGGCUUUCAACUUUUUUGUCCAUUUCAUAAAUAGAAGUAUUUUCCCAGGCCAAUACUGCAUUACAUUUUUAUAUGGUGAUAAAGUAAACGAGCAAAGACAGUAUUUUCUCUAAUAUGUGUUCAAAAUCUUUAUUUUCCUACAACCAAAGAAUGCAAAAUGCUCAGUCAGUAUGGGUCUUCUCUGUAAUAAGCAAUAUGCUUUCUUUCCCCUUUUUUCCUUUCUUUCUUUUUUUAAAUUUUAUCAAUGUGUAUUCAUUUUAUACACAAAUAUGUAAGUCUACGCUUGAAUAUAUAAUGUGAAUUAAAUAAAGAAAUAGGGUUCAACAUUG